AGCACAACUGGACUUUACUGCUCUGUUACAACUCUGGAUAUAUGACCUUUCCUUUUGGAUUUAAUUCUUUAAAAAACUCUAGUUCUUUUCAUCUGCGCCCACAUCACUUCUAAUGGGUGACAUGGAAGUUUGCUAAAAGUUUCCCGCCCCUCAUCCAAGACUUCAGACCUUCAGAAGCAUGUUGAUCACAAAGAUCGAAGCCAAGGAGGCCUGUGAUUGGCUGCGAGCGGCCGGCUUCCCUCAGUAUGUGCAAUUAUUCAAAGACUGCAGGUUCCCUGUUGACAUCGAGUGGGCGAAGCGCGAUCACUACUUCCUGGAUAAGGAUGCUCUUGAUUCGCUCUGCAGGAGAUUAAGCACUUUAAACAAAUGCGUGGAAAUGAGGCUGGAACCGCGAAGAUCAAAACGCAGGGGAGACGACUGUGACGAGGAGGACUUGUGCGCCAUCAGCCCCAACUGGACCUAUGACAGGCGGACGCGACGAUGGCGACGCCUCAACGUGGACGUGCUUCGCUUGACUGACAGCCUCGGCGGAGCCCAGGAUGUGUCUCUGUGUGACGUCAGCGACCGCCAUGAUUUCUGCUCCAUCCACAGCUCCAGCAGCACUGACAGCGAAGGCCACGACGGACACCACAAGAGCCACAGGGAACCUGCUGCCAUCACGGCCUCUUCUGCCGCCGCUACUGCUAGCACCACGGACGACCAGGAGACCAGCAGGAGCUCCUCCCGCUGCUCCUCCACGAAUAAAACCCCCUCCCUGGACACCUCAUUCAGUGGACCCCCUUCCCCCGGGGAAAGUGGUGGAGGAUCAUCCACCAUGAGUCUGGAAACCGAAGGCUGCUUCCCAGACAAACCGCCCAGGAAGAAGUGCACCAGUCUGCUGAGGAAGAUGGAGAAGCUGAGGCUGAGGGGGACGACGGGACUGCUCCCCUCCGGACACAGCAGUGGAAGCAGCAGCGGCAGUCGGGCCCGGCAUGUUAUAAGCGGGCCGGUUCUGAUCCAGGAGGAGGAGAGGAUGGAGAGGCUGCACUGCCCAUCAAGUCUGCAGGGUCGACCCGACAGACGGGCGUCCUCCUCGCCCUCGUCCCCUCACACCAUCAGCAGCAGCAGCAGCAACAGCCACUCAGAGAGCAGCAGCACCGUCAGCACGCCCAGCCCGGUCACCCGGGUCAGGAGCAACUGCAAACGCUCCAACAGCGGCGUCGGGGUCGGAACGACCCGGAACAACCAGAACCACGCGGGAACAGAGGACUACAGAAACCAGAUCAACAACAACAACAACAGCAGUAGCAGCCACGAGAGUCUGGUCUUCCACAUCCCCCACGGACACAAACCGGGCACCUUCCCCACCUCCCUCGCGCACAAACACGCCAUCUUGUCCCCCAUCAUUGACGACACCUCCGUCAACUGGAGGACCGGCAGCUUUCACGGCUACCGGGGGCGAAACAGUUGCCGCCGUGGUACAUCGUCGCUGGCCACUGGCGGCCAGGACCCCUCGUCUUCGUCUUGCUGCGGCGGUGGCGCCGCAGUCCCCAGCCCGCUGGCUGUGGUGGAUCAUCGGGCGAGCAUCUACGACAACGUGCCCGACCACCAGCAGCUGCCUGAAGGUGUAGGUGGCUGCGGAGGAAGUGGCAGCGACGCUGAACGGACGGGUGAGGAGUCCGAGGUGAGUCGGCUGUUGGCAGACGAGGACGUUUUCUCAGCUCUGGACAGCGUGCUGGAGAGGAUCAGCGACCUCCAGCAGCUGGUCUCCACCUGGUCCGAGAACCUGUCCGAGGAUGACUGUCAGAGAGGUUCCUCCUCCUCGUCUUCCUCCUCUUCCACCCAGGACUCACCUGCCACCUGCUCCUCGGCAGCCUCCCCCUGCCCGUCCUCGCCCAGCCACAUCCACCUGGAGGUGCAGGAGGUGGAAGAAGGGGGGGAGGAGGAAGAGGAGGAGGAGAGCUGUGAGAAGAUGCCAGUGAACGGAGAAGAGCCAAAGUCGCCACAGCCCAGGAGCAGCAGAGUGAGCCAGCAGCUGCACUGGUCCAGCGAGCAGAGCCUGCCCUCUCUGCCCACCAGUCCAGGGGUGGAGAACCAGUCUGUCUCCCAGUUCCUGCUUCUGCAGAAACUCUCCCUGCUGAAGCUCACCGCUCUGAUGGACAAAUACUCCCCGUCCAGCAAGCAGGGCUGGAACUGGACUGUUCCUAAAUCAGUGAGGAAGACCAAGAUGACAGAGAUGAAAGGCCGGCGGGUGUUCGGAGUUCCUCUGCUCCUCAGUGUUCAGCAGACAGGAGAGCCGCUUCCUCCCAGCAUCCUCAGAGCCCUGGUCUACCUGAAGACCGAAUGUCUGGACCAGGUGGGCCUUUUCCGGAAGUCGGGGGUGAAGUCUCGUAUCCAGUACCUCCGUGAGCUGGUGGAGUCCGACCCUGACGGCAUUUCAUACGACGGUCAGUCCGCUUUCGACGUCGCCGACAUGGUGAAGCAGUACUUCCGGGACCUGCCUGAACCCAUCUUCACCAGCAAACUCUGCGAGUCCUUCCUCCACAUUUACCAAUAUUUCCCAAAGGAUCAGCAGCUGGUUGCGGCUCAGGCGGCCAUCUUGCUGCUUCCAGACGAGAACAGGGAGGGGCUGCGAACGCUGCUCUUCUUCCUGCGAGACGUGGUGGCCUGCGUGGACGAGAACCAGAUGACUCCCACCAACAUCGCCGUCUGCCUGGCGCCGUCGCUUUUCCACCUCAACACCCUGAAGAGAGACGCCAACGCUGCCAGGUCCAGUCACAGGAAGUACAGCUUGGGCCGCCCGGAUCAGCGGGACCUGAGUGAGAACCUGGCUGCCACCCAGGGCCUGGCCAACAUGAUCACAGAGGCCCAGAGACUCUUCCAGCUUCCAGAGUUUUGGCCCGGUCAGCGUCUCAGCGCCGCCGGCCCCACAGAGGAUUCCCUGUCUGAGGAGGGGGGAGGCCCCGUGUGCUCCAGUCAGAGUGGAGGCGAGGAGGAGCAGCAGGAGGAGAGGAGGACCAAGCUGCAGCAGAGCACCCAGCACCUCCUGAAGGAGGCCAGGGAGAAGAGCCGGGGCUGGGAGAGCCACCCUGCUCCGGAGCACGUGGAGCUGGCCUUCAAAAAGAUAGACGAUGGCUGCCCGCUGUGGAUGUGGCGAGGCUCCACGGAGGUGGACGCACCCCACAAGGAGCUGCUCCACCGGCUGCUGAGGGAGCAGGAGCUGUGGGAGGGAAGCCUGCGUCAGACCGCCAUCAUCCAGACCUUGUCCAAGGACACCGAAGUCUACCACUACCUCCUGCAGAGCCAGGGCCACGGCCUGGACUCCCGGCCCCCCCAGGAGCACCUGCUGCUCAGGACCUGGCAGACAGACCUGACCGCCGGGCCUCUCUACCUGUCCUCUGUAUCCACUGAGCACCCUGAGGUUCUGGCGGAGGGGGUCAGGGCUCAAGUCCACUCCUGCCUCUACCUGCUGGAGCCCACAGGAGCCAGGAAGACCCGGCUGACGCACCUCUGUCGAACCGACACCAGGGGUCGGUCGCAGGAGUGGCACAGCAAAGUGAGCGGACAUCUUCUGGCCUCCGGUCUCCUGUCCAUCAGGGACUCCUUCAGACCAGAAUACAAAGAGACUAAGAUCUGAGGCGGGAGCGGACGACGAGGACUUGGGAUGGUUUCGCAGUUAUCUGGUGAAACUGCAUCGACUCCCACCUCAUGGCAGAACGCAGGAGACGACGGCGUCGUCUUCGUGGGACGUUCUCUAAGUUUAAAACUCGAGGCUCGGAGCUCAGCACGCAGGGAGGGAAGGUUACCUUUGAGGGCUUCACUAAACCACUUUCUUCUAUUGGAGCUGCUCUAUGCCUUCACUUUUUUCUUAAUGACCUUGCAGACUGCCAGCAGCACGCCUGCGCUCCCCGCUGCCACCGUUACGCUUCACAAAAAAAAUGCAAACGAAGGCGAGCUGAGACAAAGGCCGUUUGAUUCGGCGGUGAAAAGCCGAGGCCUGAUGUGAACCUCUAACUCUGGUGGAGAUGAAGCAAGUGGACGGUGAAGCAGGAGAAGAAGGCAGGGGGAGGAAACACAUGGCAGCUGCCCGGAUGAACACAGGAAAUAAGGACAGAAAACAUCAGGAAACAGACUUUUUUUUCAUCCAGCAGACGUUUGGCUUCAGUGGAGAGAGGAUGGUGAAAACGCAGGACGGCUGCAUCAAACCUACAACCAGGAACAGAGCAGUGUCAGAGAAAGAAAGGAGACGCAGCCGGGGACUGAAAGCCUGAACGGUGCCGCCGCUCGAUGACAGGAUGUCGCCUGGUGUCUGACGCUGUGUCGACGGUUUCUCUGCAAAGAAAGAUGAAAAACUCACAAACAAAAACCAGAUUGAUACCAGGGGGAGGCGCCUUCACCUGCAGCAUGUUUAAAGACAAUUAUCCACGAACCAGAGCCACAUGAACUGAACUGAACUUUCUCUCCAAAUCAGAGAGAGGACUGUUUUCCAUUUAAACGAGGCUCGCAGCAGCUGGAUCCAGCUGUGGCGAGGAAUUAGCGCGACGUCACAGCCCGCCUCUUUGUCCCCCCUCUUUGAGUGACUGUUCUUUGCUUUUUAAAUUCGCCCCUGUGACUUCGACCCAUUCUGCAACAGGACGCCACGUUUGCCACAGUUCAAAGGCGGGCCAUAUCUACCUCUCCACAGGACGACGCAGCCACCGUUGCGUGACUUUGAAGAAGCGCAACAAAAGUUGUGAAUUGACGAAGGUCUCGCCGCACGGCGGGGGACAAAGCCUUUUUUUUGUUUUUGGUGCGUGUGCGUGUGUGUGUGUGUGUGUGCUUCCCGGUGCAAUGACGGAUAUCCAACCAGACAACUCCAUGAAUUUUUUAACAUUUGUAUUUAUUCUUUGCGAUGUCCAUGUGUCUCUGGGCUUGUUCAGUCUUAUUUCAUGCGGCACCUGAGUGUCGCUUCACCGUCGAAGUCGGCUUGUCCUACAUAGGUCAAAGAAAAUGUUAAUAUGUCAAUUUAACCCCAUACUUCAGAUUAUUUAACUUAAUGUAUAUCUAAAUACAAAUUAUAUCCAGAUAUGUUUAUUUAAUUUUGAGCUUUCAGAAAAUCUUAUUUUGUUUGUGUGUGUGUGAAAUCUAAAUUUAUCAGUG